AUGCCUUCUCUCUUCACUUUUACAACUUUCCCAUCUCCCAUGUGCCCCUCUGCUUCAUUCUGUGAUAGAAAACGAACUUCUGCGCUCAUGGGCCCACGGGAAGAGACAAGCGCCCGUGCUGCGGCGCUCGUCACAAAGUGGUCGAUUAAGCCGGCAAACCACAACACCACCCGGGUUCGGAACAACCAGCGUCGCCAUCGCGAGAGAAUCAAAAAUCGCAUCGAGUAUCUCGAGGCACAGUUAGCCGAAACACAAGCUGAACUCGAAAGAGCACGUCAAACUAUCAAGGAUCUCAACGCCAAGGUGGAAGGAUGCAGUCAACUGUCUCAUCCAGGCAACCCUACCACAGCCGCUCCCACCAGCACGACUACACUGCACGCUCUUCUCCAUGAGCCAGCCAUAUCUUUACACAGUCCAGAAACCCUCAUAUGCACAAACGGCAAGAACUCCGGUGACCCACCACUAGGGCCCCUGCUAGGUGGCACAUCUAGUGUCAACGGCUUUAGCGGUAAGCGUGAAGAUCAGAGCAAGAUGCGGCCGCCCGUCGUGGGAGAGUCCACUACAUCAUGCGAGGAGGCGUUUAGGAUGCUUGCUGAGCAGAAUUAUGCUAAAUUGGACAUGCUUGCCAUGCGAUCCUGGCUUGAGCCAGGGUUUCGGCGAGGGUUAUCGGACACGGAAGGAUGCCGAGUUGCAAAUUCGUUGUUAUUUGCGCUGCUAAAUCACAUCUCGGUUUGAGACGCAAAAAUACUGCCAAGAUAAAUCACCAUCACGAAAACGGAGUUAAAAAACAAUUUAAAUGUAUAUUAAAAUGCAUAUAUAGCAAACAAAAAAAGCACAU